AUGGCAGUCGGAUUUAUGAUAUUUUGUUUCAUUUUAAUAUUUUUCGAUGGUGGAAAAUUGACGUUGGCUUGUAUUCCGACACAACAAAUUGAGACGAGUGAGUUUUUUUUUGUUAAAAAAGUUAGAAUCGAGUUGCGCCUCCCGGUUCAAGAUUAAAGGGGGGGGGGUGAGACGACAAAAUUUUAUUUGCUCAAUGAAUCGGGCUCCCUUUGAAUAGUAAAAGCCCCAGGGGAUUUUUUCUCGAAGGGCCUAAAAAGGUCCGAAAAAAAAUAUUCCAUGAACUUUUUUCAACGUUGUCCGAAAGUUUAUGGAAUAAAUUCAUACGUGGUAUUGUCCGUUUGGAAAUGAGAUUCACCCCGCGAAAAAAUAAAUUUGAAUUUGCUGCAGGAGACGCAGACAGCGAGAGAGUGCGCUGGCAAACAGCCAACGGGAGUUUUGUAUGGGAAAGCGACCGCAACGCACACGCAUCGCGGGGGUAGGGGGAAAUUAUAGAUUUUCUCAAAUUCAAAUUUAUUUUUUCGCGCGGUGAAUCUCAUUUCCAAACGGACAAUACCUAGUUUAUGAACAUUUUUUCUGAGCGUUGAGAGAAAAAAUCCCUUGGAGGUUUUACUACUUUUGGGGAGCCUUUAACUUUGCGACAAAAAAUUUUGUCGUCUUACCCCCCCCCCCCUUUAAAUGAUAAGUUAAUUAUAUAACUCAUCGAAUUCAGAGAAUUCAGAGAAUUCACUGUAAAACAACGAAAACCUAGAAAACACAAAAAACGCAAACUGAAUUAUUUCGAAAUGCCCGCGAAAGGCGCGCACACACAAAUAUGUCAACUUUUUACAGCAUGGCGCUUUUGUGGUGCAUGAACAUCUUCUUGAGGAUGACUAUUGUCUUUUAAAAAUCUUGAUUUUUCAGCUACAUCGACCACAUCUACUACAUCUACUACAUCUACUACAUCUACGACAACAACUACACCAAUCCCAGAGUGCCCUGACUCAACUUGGACGAAAUUCGAUAGAGGAACCUAUUUUUGGUGUAUGACGAUUCAUUUCGAUGAUUUUGAUGGCUCGCAAGCUGACGCAGCAUGCCAAACCCUGAAUUCUGCUGCUCUCGCGUCCGGCUUCUUCAACGCCGCCGAAAUCUCAACAAUGAUGGAUGUCGCCUAUUCGCAAAGCACCGGUGACAAUCAAUUCUACAUCGGCGCCAAAAGAACCGCCACUUGCGCAAACGCGCUAACCCUUGACGCAACGUGUUCCGCACUGACGUCUUUUGAAUGGACUGACGGGCAUACCCUGGGUACAGAUGGUUUUCAGUGGGUUGCCGGACAACCGGAUAAUGGGGCGAUGGGGUAUGUCAGAGAGGAUUCGGUGGUCGUUUUUACGCUCGGCAAAAACCUUGAUGAUAUUGAUACGACGGAAGUUAUGCAGGGAGCGGUUUGUGGAAUGUUAGCUACUUGAAAGUUGUGCACCUUAAAUUUUGAAUUUUAAACUGGUUUUUUAAUGAAUGUAAAUAAAGUUGAUGAAGAAUGUUAUGUGAAAAAAUAUUGAUUUUUUCAAACGACACUCCGCACGCUAUUGCCUGCAAUUUAGCAGGAAAUUUUUUGUGGUUUUUCUCUAGACCGUAAUCAUUUCGUUUGAAAGCCCAGGCUUAGGCCUAGACUUAGGGUGUAAAAGCGGAGACAUUUUCGUUUUUGUAGUGGAGGGUGUUUCGUUUGUACAGUUUCUACUAUUCUUCAUGGGCGGAGUUAUCCAAUCAAAACUUCUUUGAAGAUCAAAAGGGCGUGAGAAAAUAUUGUCUCUCAUGGGAAAAGAAUAAGAUGCUUAUCAAUUCGUAUUUCUCCUGAUUAGAAUGUUUUUCGGCACAAAAAAUCACAGCAAAGAAAGUGGGUGGAUGAAAUUGAUUCGAUUCGAUUAUAGGCAAGUUUUUUUUUUCGGAAUCUCAAAAAAAAUCUUAUAAAAUCAACUUAUCAACAUCGUGGCAAUUCGUGAUAUAAUGUUGAUUAUUGCCCAAAAAUCUGUAUAUUCGUUGAUUUUCAUUGUGAAAUUGUGUUUAGCGUGUAUUCCGACUCAGCAGGUUGAUUUUUGUGAGUUUUUGCAGAUUCGGGAUGGAAAAUCGAGAUUUUCCAGCUCCAACUUCUUCCAGUUCAUCAGGUGAGAGACGACGAGAAAAAAAAACAAUAUUUUUUUCCAAUUAUUUUCAGCACCGAUAACUUUGGUCACUGGCACAGGUUAGAAAGAAAAUUAUGCAAUCCUGGCACGGUUUUUCUGAUCAUUUUGAUACAAAGAGACGUAUUUAUCAAUAAUCCAGUUUUCGUUCUGAUUGUUAUCAGUGAAAUGCCAAUCAAAAAAGUUUAUGACAUAAUCACAAAUUAGAUUUACUUGUUGUGACAGGAUACAAAAACACGGGCGGCGCAAAACCUGCCCAAAUCCACAUAUAAAAUAACUUUCAAUCAAUUGUGUCUUUGAAAAUCUUUGCUAUGCUGAAAUUUUUAGUGAUUAGUAUUAUAAUAUUGUUACAUGAAUUGAAACUUGUUGCAACUUGUAUUCCAACACAACAAAUUGAAACAACAACCCGUGAGUUUUCAGCCUAUCUAUACGUUGAAAAAAUGUUUUAAAUGUUUUUAAUUGAAUGUUUAGAGCCGAUUGAACUUCCAGCUACAACCACAACCACAACCACAACGACCACGACAACCACAACCACAACCCCUGCACCAAUUUAUACAUGUCCAACUGGUUGGAUACUAUUCGAUAGAGGUACUUAUCAUUGGUGUAUGUACGUCUCCCUCGGUUUUGUUCAAGGACCAUAUGCUUUAUCGAAAUGUCAAUCAUUAAAUUCAUCCGCAGUCCCAACGGGUUUUCAGAAUGCCAACGAGUUGUCGGUGAUGGCAGCAGAUGUGGCGAGUCGAACCAGUGCCUCCAGGAAUAUAAUUUUGGGCGCCUAUCGAACCGACGCAUGUCUUGGUCAAACUUUAACCGCUGCUUGUAACUAUCAAACUUCGUUCUAUUGGACAGAUCAACACACAACUGGAACAGAUCAAUUCAUUUGGGAUGUGGCGAAUGGAAGUCCGGAUAAUCUUUCCCUCCCCGCUUUCCCUCAAAAUUGGGUUAUUUGGAUCUCGGAUCGUGGAGUGAUGGAUGAUCAGCCGGAUUAUGCAUGGCAAAAUGGAGUGUUGUGUGGGAUUGAAGCGACUGUUAGUUAG